AUGUCAAAACCAGUACAACCAUCAAUUGAAACUUUAACCAAAUUAAUAAACCAAAAUUCUGAGUCAGCCAAUGUAUUUCCAAUUUUCAAAUAUGUAGAUCAUAAUGAUGUAACAAUUCACCAAGCUUAUUUGAAAUUAGCUCAGGUCAAUAACAAAGACAGAAGUCCUUCAUUUCUAUUUGAAUCAUCAGUCAAAGGGGAUACCGUAGAUAGAUAUUCAUUUAUCGGUAUAAAUCCAUCAAGAAUUAUAAAAACCGGUGAUGACUCAAAGAAAUAUCCAAAAGAAUAUUGUGAUGUUGAUCCUAUUACUAUCUUAGAAAAAGAGCUAAGUGCAUAUAAACAAGCAUCGUUACCUGGAUUACCUAAAUAUAGCGGAGGGGCUACUGGUUACAUUUCAUAUGAUUGUAUAAAAUAUUUUGAACCUAAAACAAAAAGACCCUUGAAAGAUGUUUUAGAAUUACCGGAAGCAGUAUUUAUGUUUUGUGAUUUAGUCAUUGCAUUUGAUCACGUAUAUCAAAGAUUUCAAAUAAUAUACAAUAUAAAAUUAGAUGAAACACAUGAUUUAACAGAAGAAUACAACAAAGGUACGCAAGAAAUUGAAAAAAUCGAAAAAAUUUUAUUAUCGAGUGAUAAAGUAACACCAGAUCAAGGACCUAUUAAAUUAGGACAGACUUUUACUUCCAAUAUUGGUCAAUCAGGUUACGAAGGUCAUGUAACAAAAUUAAAGGAGCACAUUUUGAAGGGUGAUAUAAUUCAAGCAGUACCCUCACAAAGAAUUGCAAGACCAACUGAAUUACACCCAUUCAACAUAUAUAGACAUUUAAGAACAGUUAAUCCUUCACCGUACUUAUUUUAUAUUGAUUUAAUUGAGUUUCAAAUAAUUGGAGCAUCGCCUGAGUUAUUGGUCCAAACGGAUAUAAAUGAUAGAGUAGUAACUCAUCCAAUAGCAGGUACUAUACCUCGUGGUAAAACCAAUGAAGAAGAUGAAAAAAAUGCAGAAAUUUUACGUGAUAGUUUAAAAGAUAGAGCUGAACAUAUAAUGCUUGUUGAUUUAGCUCGUAAUGAUAUUAAUAGAGUUUGUCAACCAAAAAGUAAUAAAGUUGAUAAGUUAUUAACUAUUCAAAGAUUUUCUCAUGUCAUGCAUUUAGUUUCAGAAGUUAGUGGAACACUAAGAGAUGAUCAAACAAGAUUUGAUGCAUUCAGAUCUAUAUUUCCAGCUGGUACAACUAGUGGUGCACCAAAAGUUAAGGCAAUGGAAUUAAUUGGUGAAUUAGAAAAAGAGAAAAGAGGUGUAUAUGCUGGAGCUGUUGGUCAUUGGGGAUAUGAUGGUAAAACAAUGGAUACAUGUAUAGCGUUAAGAACCAUGGUAUUCAAAGAUGGAGUAGCUUAUUUACAAGCAGGUGGAGGUAUCGUAUUUGACAGUGAUGAAUAUGAAGAAUAUAUGGAAACAAUGAAUAAAAUGAGAGCUAAUAAUAAUACAAUUGUUGAAGCAGAAAAAAAUUGGGCUGAAAAAGUCGGAACUUUGUAA